GAAAGGCACCAAGAUGAAAUAGCGAAUCGGAUGCGGGGUGGCUGCGGGUCCAAGUACUGAAUACCCUCACGGCUUCACAUUGCUGGAUUUAAACGCCGGCUUGUGUUUGGUGCUGCCACAGAAGAUGGGACAAGCUAUCUUUUGCUGCUUCCUUUUGUCAAAGAAACCAAAUGACGGGUUCAAGUUCUCCGUUCCAAGAGCUACGUAUGAAACUGGUAAACAAGUGAAUGAAAGCACAACCGUGGGAACUGAGCUUAGCUUCAAGCCUCAUGGUAGACUGCCAACUGUCUCAAGUGUAGCGCUUGCUGCUUCUGCCUCUGCUUUAAAGACGACACAGCGACAUGAUCCCGUUUCCCUGGCUCUCCCAGCUCUUCAAUACCCUUCGGCGCUUCGUUAUGCCACCACAACGCAACAAUGAGAUGCGCGUCUUUUCAAAGGUCAAGGACGUGACCAACGCGUCCUCUCUUCUCAGUUCUCUCAGAGAGAAUUACCAUUUCCUUGAUCAUGGCCUCGGAAACAUCAUCGUUUCCCAGGCCGAGUACUGUAAAUGUCACUUCAGCCAGGAUUGUCCCGGGGAACAUGAAUUCCUGCUUGUAACGCUGAAGGAAUCUGUGGGAGUUCGGCGGACGGCAUAUCUGAUGGUGGACAGGUUGAAUGACGAUACGAAGAAGUACAGAGGAGAGGAUGAACUGCGAGCCGAUUUGGCUAGGCAUCAGGCCCAGGAAAUGGCCGGUAUAGAGGGGACCGAUUCCGAUUCAUCCACAUCAUCUCCCACCCAGUCGACAACUUCGCCUCCUGGAGCCUUACCCACUGCUUCAACAUGGGAUACUUCGAGUCGUGCUCAUCGCUCUAUUGCCAAAGUCAAGACAAUCACCAAGGAAGAUCCACCCGAUGCUCUUGACAGGCUCAUCGUCUUGCCCAAGAGAAGCGACAUCGCACUAGAGUUUGACGUUCUCCUCACGAUGGACCUUUCCCAGUCACAAAAUGUUACCCUUGAGCGGUUUGCACACCUUCUCCAGACUACUUCAAGGAACACGCCGCUAUAUCACUUAAUUUUUGCUCAGUGUUAUUGGUACGCCUUCACCAUUUGGAGGGUCCUGGAGAUGGAGACACAGCCGCAUAUACGCAUGCAUAGGCUGGCCGAACGUCAGUGUUCGCAUCGCUUAACAGGCUAUGGGAACCGGCUGGUUCUAGGGAAAGGCAAAUCGGUGAAUGCUGCGAGGUCCCCAGAGACGAUCAAGGCUCAGUGGGACACGGACAAAGCGAAGGAAGAUCAGGACUGGGCUGAACGGAAAACAGAACUUCAUGCUCCUGCACGGGAAGCAGAAGCUCAUGCGCGGGAAGCAGAAGCUUAUGCGCGUGAGCUCGAGAGAAGGCUGGAAAGUUCUGAGCGCCCUGUUGGUUCGGCUAAUGCAGUCUAAGAAGCCGUUUUGUUGUUUUCUCUUUUCCCUCUUGGUUGUUGCUAUCGUUGCUUUCUUGUUGUCUCCGCUAUCAGUCAAUAUUUGCUGUCGUGUCAUUGCUUUGUUGUAUACUAAUCACUGUACAUAUAUUAACAUUUUAUGGCUCUGGUAGGAGUAUCGACUAUGGCUACUAUAUAUAAUUCGUCCAGUGCAAGUUCGUACCUUGAAUUUUAUUUCAAUGUAUCCGCCAUUUGGGUCACCGGUCACCUCGCC